AUGGGUUUGAGCACAAAGCAGGUUUCCUCUAAUGACGGAUUGGACUGGAGUCAGAGCAGCCUAAUCCUCCAACCGCCGCCGCCGCCGCAAAUUCUCCACCCGGCGGCUGCAACGAAGCCGCCGCCUCCGCCCGAUCCUACGGGUAGGAGGCGGCAUCAGAUGAACCAGGACCACAACCAACCGGAGCCGUUGAAGUGUCCGAGAUGCGACUCCAGCAACACCAAGUUCUGCUACUACAACAACUACAACAAAUCCCAGCCCAGGCAUUUCUGUAAAGCCUGCAAGCGCCAUUGGACCAAAGGCGGGACCUUGCGCAACGUCCCCGUCGGCGGCGGCCGGAAGAACAAGCGCCCCCACAAACCCUCCGGCUCCGGCAACGGCAAGAUCAUUAACAAGGUUAAUCCGAAGAUGGUAAUUCAAGCCCAGCAGAACAAGAAGCCGAAACAGAGUACUGACGGAGGCAGAGCAUCGUCACCAAACGACAUCGUUUUCGGUAGUGGAGUAACAGAUCAUCCAUCUGUCCCGUCGUCGCUAAAGAUCCCGUCGCCGAUGGGUCCACCGGCGGAGAGCGAUUCCGUCGUGGCUAAUUUCGACGACGAGGAGGGAAUUGGGUUUGUGUUUUCGCAAGGUCUGAGCUUUCCCAAUUACUCUGCCUCGUCCUCUGCCAUCUCCACCUCCUCCGCCGCCGUUGCCAGUUUCGACGGGCAGUUUCUGGGCUUGCCUUCCGGUGCCGCCGGAUAUACUCCCGCCACGUGGCAGGUUCCUAGCACGAUCGGCGGCGGGAGUGGGAAUAUGAAUGAUAUGGCGAGCGGCGGCGGCGGGUACUGGAAUUGGGAUGUCGACAUGGAUAACUUGGUUUCUUCCGCGGAUCUCAACAUUCCGUGGGACGAUUCCGAGAUUAAACCAUGUGAUUAA